AUGGCGUGUGGGACUCGAAACGCGGCCAAGCGCCGCUGCCGGGGCUCCGCGUGCGGCUGCGGGGCGGGGGGAGCCCCGCAGGGCCGGCCCGCAGAGCUGCCACCGCCGCUCGCCAUGAGCCGCUCCCGGAGCAGCGCCUCCCCACGUGCAUCCGCCAGCCCUGCCAAAGGUGCUGACCAUUCUCACCGUCCAUGUCCCCGCCACAGGCACCACGUCCACUACGUCAUCCCGUACGACGGGGACCAGUCGGUGGUGGACUCCUCGGAGAAUUACUUUGUGACUGACAAUGUAACCAAGCAGGAGAUUGACCUGAUGCUGGGACUUUUGCUGGGCUUUUGUAUAAGCUGGUUUCUGGUGUGGAUGGACGGGGUUCUCCACUACGCGGUGCGAGCCUGGAGAACCAGCCGACGGUAUGACAACUCCUGGUCUUGGAUCCCCAAAUUUUGUAACUUGAAGGAGUUCAGGAAACGUCACCACAGGCAGUACGAGGAGGCCACCGGGAACAUGGUGCACAUCAAACAGAAGCUGUACCAUAACGGGCACCCCAGCCCACGGCACCUCUGAGGGAACCUGCCCCUGCUGGGGGGACUGCAGUGAGCUUUUAAAAA